CAUGCGCAUAUUGGCUUGCUAGUCUCUGACCAGUGGAGACAGUGCCGGAGUCAACGAUGCCAGCGGAAAGAACCCCGACGGAGACAUCCCCGUUGCUGGGCUCUCAAAGUAACACUCAAUCCACAGGGACUAUCUCCAAUAUCGGCGAUGUUGAGGCUGGCACCCAACAGCUCCCCGCGCGGGACGAGGAGGAGAAUCAGACCAAACUUGCGUCGGAGGCACGCCCAAAUCUGAAGUAUAUUCUGCCCGCUAUCUCUAUAGGGAUUUUCCUGUCUGCGGCCGAUCAGACCAUCAUCAUGGCUAGUUAUGGUCAAAUCGGUAGCGAUCUCAAGGCCCUGAAUCUGACAAAUUGGAUCGCCACUUCGUAUUUCUUGACUCUGACUUCAUUCCAACCUCUCUACGGGAAACUGAGUGACAUUUUUGGUCGCAAAACCUGCCUGUUGUUUUCCUAUGCCAUUUUCGGGAUCGGCUGUCUGUUCUGUGGUCUUGCGCAGGAUAUCAACCAGCUCAUCGCUGCACGCGUUUUCCAAGGUGUCGGAGGCGGCGGUAUGACGACUGUAGUGAGCAUCCUCAUGAGCGAUAUCGUGCCUCUCCGCGAACGGGGUGUGUGGCAAGGGAUCAUCAACAUGAUUUACGCGACCGGUGCUGGAGUUGGCGCACCUCUCGGUGGCAUCUUGGCCGAUUACAUCGGCUGGCGAUGGGCAUUCAUCGCGCAGGCACCCCUCUGCGCCCUUGCUUUCGUCGCCGUUACCGUAAUGCUUCACCUGCCGGCCGUGGAGGAUAGUCACUGGCGGACGAAACUCGGGCGCAUCGACUUCCCUGGGGCGAUCGUUCUGGUGGGAGCGGUGUUCGGGUUCCUCCUGGGACUGGACCGCGGCAGCAACGUCUCGUGGACGAUCCCGAUCACGGUGAUCUCGCUGAGCGUGUCCGGGGCGCUGUUCGUGCUUUUCGUGGUGGUCGAGUGCUUCUACGCGGCCGAGCCCUUCGCGCCGGGCCACAUCAUCUUCAACAAGACCUUCUUCGCCGCCUACGGCUGCAACUUCUUCAGCUUCGGCGGCUGGAUGGCUGCCCUCUUCUACAUCCCGCUGUACUUCCAGGCCGUCGACGGCGUCUCGGCCACGGUCGCGGGCCUGCGCCUGCUGCCCAGCAUUCUCGCCGGCGUCAGCGGCUCGCUCUUCGCCGGCUUCGUGAUGAAGUGGACGGGCAAGUUCUACUGGCUGACGGUCUUCGCGUACGCGCUGCUCACGCUGGGCCUAACAAUCACCACCCUCGCCUCCGGCGGUGCGUUCGAGAACACCAUCGUCAUGGUCCUGGGCACGGUCUUCUGUGCCUUUGGAAACGGCAUCGGCGUCACUUCCACGCUGAUCAGCCUAAUCUCCAACGCAACCCCCGAGGACCAAGCCGUCGUAACAGCUUGCUCGUACCUCUUCCGCUCGCUCGGCUCCGUCAUCGGCCUCUCGCUCUCCUCGACAGUCGUGCAGCAGGUCCUCCGGGACCGGCUGCAGUGGGCCCUGCGCGAGAGCGACGACAUCGACCGCAUUGUGGCCGGCGUCCGCCAGAGUCUGGAUUUCAUCAAGACGCUGGAUCCCGCCGUGGCCAGGGUGGUGCGCAGCUGCUACGGCUGGGCGACCAACAAGAGCUUUGCCUUUGUGGUGGGGGUCGUGUUUUGCUCGUUUGUGUCGAGUUUGUUUAUUCAUGAGAAGAGGUUGGCGAGGUGAGGUGGGCUGGGUUUGCUUGUCCGUGGGAUAUGGUUGUUUCACGGUCUCUGGGGAUGGAGGGGGAUGGUUCUGAGGUAUGCCUCUGGCUAUGUUUGUUGAAAAGUUUGGUUUGGUCUUCUUAGCGUGAGG